GGAUGGAGGAAAAGGCUGAGCUUCUAGCAUGUCUCGAGGAAAAAAUAGAGAGUGGCAAAGCCACGAUAGACCGACUGAAACUUGUGACAAAGAUUGACGGGAUUGAAAAACUUAUACGAAAGAUUCAACAAGAAAUUAGAUUUUUAGAAAAGGUACAAUCUACAGAGAAUGUAAAGAAAGAACAUCUACAAAGUACAAAUUUGAUUCAUUUGAAUGCGAUUGUAGCACGACUUUUUUGUGCUAAUGAACCCACCAAUAUUAUGAAACCUUUUAAGUAUCAAAAAUCACGUUUAGAAGUAGAUAUUGUAUGCGAUGGUGGUGCAUCAUGGAUAAAGGUUAUCGCUAGAAAUGCUAGAGCUCUUACAAUGAUUUCAAUGGGUAACGGAGAAUAUGGGCAAAAAUCUGUGCUUGAUCAAGCAAUGAGUUACUUGGAAUGCGCAAAGUGUUAUCCAUAUUUGUAUAGGCCACCUGACGUUAUAUUCCAUUUUGCUUAUGGUAUAGAAAUUCCAUUAGCUACACGUUUGGAACAUAUGGGAGUAAUCAUUGAAGGAGAUAAGAUACACUGUGAAGAUGUAAAAAAUAUAGAUAUACAUGAUAGCGAGGACAGAUUUUCAACGUGGAUGCAUUCGUUAGAAUCUACUGAGGAACCUUUGGAUGAAUACAAAAAGAGCAUAAAGUCAAAUCUAGAAACUUUAAAUACAUUUUCCCUUAAAACCGAAAUAAAUGUUCUUAAUUUGGAUGUGUCAACGUUAUUAGCAUACGUGACAAAUAUGACCAAUGGAUAUGAUCAUUUUAUUUAUCGUGAACCUUUACUCACACAACAAGCAGAAAUGGAGAGAAAACAUCCAGUGAAACCAAUUUUAGAGAAUUUAUUCAAGGGAAAGGAACUGAUUGUCUGUCAAACUGCUUAUGAAAAUUUUAUGAACAUUGUAGAUGUUAUUGGUGGACCCAAAGAGACUCUUAGGGCAAAAGAAUUACUGAAUAAAGUUCAAAUUGUUAAAGAUAUAUCAACGGGCAGAAUAAUGGAAAAGCUUAGUCUGGGUGGUAAAAUUAAAGAUAGAUCUAGAUUGGUUUUUGCAACGGGGGAAGAUAUGAAAAGCAUUACAGUAUCAGCAAAUGAGGGGUUUGUUAGAGCAGCACGUAUGCAGGGUAUUGAGUGUACAGUCUUUCUGCAUGAGCCUAGAUCUCUUUCAGAGAUUAAAGAAGGUUAUGCAACAAAAAUAGGUUCAUCUUGAUACCAGUUAAAUACAUUUAGAUUAUUACAAAAGAAAUAUUCAGGCUACAUAAGAAAUAUUUCUAUUUACUAUUAGGCUUGGUAAUUAACGCGCAUGUCCAUACUUUCUUCAAAUUCUGUAAAAAAAAUUAAGUAAAAAUUAGUUUUAACAAAAAUGUUCCCAAUGUAAAAAAUGUUGAGUAUACCAUUAAUAAAUUUGUUGAAAUGUG